AUGUCGGAGGAGGAGGCGGCCAUGAAGGAAGGGUUCCUUCGACACUGCUUCAUUCUCGGCGUCAUCGGAUGCGUGGACGGCAGCCUUAUAGCCAUCAUUGCACCGAAGAGCGAGCCGAAGGCGGCAUUCAUGUGCCGCAAAGGCUACUAUGCCCUCAACACAAUGUUCAUCUGCGACGCAGGCAUUCGGAUCCUCGCCGUCGACGCUCUGCGACCGGGGUCAGACCACGACGCCCACGUCUGGAGAACUACGUGGUUGCGUCGUCGGUUCCAGGAGAGGCAUAUUGCCAAGGCCGGCGAACACCUCCUCGGCCACCCUCCCAUGCACACUGCAGAAGGCAGGUACAACACUGCACAUGCUGCCAUGCGGUCCGUAGUGGAGCGGUGCAUUGGGCUUCUGAAGAGCCGCUUCCGCUCCCUUCAGCGGUACCGCGCCCUCCACUACGAACCAGACCGUGCUGCCAACAUCGUUGCAGCAUGUGUAGUGUUGCACAACUUGUGUCUUGACGAAGGUGACGUGUUGGAUGAUGUUAGUGAUGACAGCAGCAACAGCAGCAGUGACGAUGAAAAUGGCAACCCCUCCCCAAAGAGAGUUCCCCGAGUGAGGGCAGCACGCAUGAUGUACUUGAAAGGCUGUGCUGCCCGGGAUAAUGUCAUUAGCUCGUUCGGCACGACACGGCAGGAGCACCAGCACUACCUGCAAAGGGUGCGAAGGCGGCUGCGUCAACAGCAGUACCGACAGCAGCAAUAA